CUAUGCAAAAAAUUUGACCUGCUCCUCGAUCAAUUGCGCAUGCGCACAUAAUGGCAAUUUUGCGUUGCCAUCUUUCGCUGAGAACAAACAGAGGCACCAUGCCUCCAAAGCCAAAGUCACCCGCUAAGGGAAAGGGUAAAGGGAAACUUAGCAAAGCUGAGAAAGAAAGAUUGAAGAAAGAAGAAGAAGCCCAGCAAUUAAAGGAAGAAGAGGAAGAACGUGCACGUAAAGAACAAGAGGAGAAGGAACGUCUAGAACGAGAAAGAUUAGAACGAGAGGAAAGAGAACGAAUCUUAGCAGCAGAACAUCAACGACAUGCAGCAGAACUUGCCCAGCUUGCUUCCAUCUUGGAAGGGAACUAUACAGCUCUUAACAAUGUUAGGCAAGCCAGAAGAGCUCAGGCAAAGUGGGAUCGUUACAUGCUUUGUGAUGGGAGCCCAGAUCCAACCAUUCCUGCAGAGAUCAAUACAUACAUCAACCUAUGGAAAGAUGAUGCAAAUAGAAAUGAUAUCAACUCUGUCCUGAAAGAAAGUAAUCAAACACUCAAAUUGAUUCAUGAGCUUGAGUUCCUCCUUGAAGAUACACCAGAAGAACAGCUUGAUGAAAUCACAGAGAAAAGAUAUGAAGAAACCAUUAUCGAACUCCAGAAUAUCCUACAUGCAAAACUUGACGAAUCGACCGUACUUCUGUUAAAGGAUGCAUCAAACUGUGCUGACUCAGAGACAGGUAAUCUUCAGUUCAUCAAAGGCAACAAGGAUAUAGUUCUCAUGAUAUGGGGAAACCUUGUCAAGAAUCCAAGAUUUAAGAGCUAUGCCUUUGAGGAUCAAGACUUCUCCUUUGAGCUCCCAAAGCAACUUGCCCUCUCUGACAUCGCUAUCCGGGUGAUCCAUACUACAUAUGAUCAUUUCUCUCAUCGUUGCCGCACCUUCAAACUCAAGAGGGUGCGCUAUUACCCCCCUCCACCGGAAGAAGAGCCGGUAGAAGAAGCGCAACCCCCUGAGGGUGAAGGAGAGAAGACUGAGGGAGAGGAAGGAGAAGGUGAAGACAAGGAGGGAGAGGUGACGGAAUCUGUGGCAGGAGAAGAGGAGAAAGAAGAAGUCCAGGAGACCACACCAGCAACCCCAGCCAAGGAACCUGAGCCUGCUAAAACCCCAGCUGGGGAAGAAGGGGAACAAGAUGAAGAAGAGUAUGAAGAGGAAGAGGAGGACUAUGAGCUUGAAGACGAGGAUACUGUUGACCUUCGUGCUUACCAGGUUUUGGGAGGGGUCAUACACUUUGACCUUUUGACCAUGCCUCCUCAGCCAAAGAUUGUCAAGAGCUGGAUAAUGACACAAGAUACACCCAAUGAGCUGAAGCGAUACCCAUAUGGAUCUGAUGGUGUAAAGCUUGGUGCAUCACUAUCUGGUACAAUGACAAUGGGACAGACCAUGGACCCAAAGGCUGCAGCAGCAAAUGCAGCAGCAACAGAAGCCUUGGGUGCUCCUCCUCUUGGUGUUACUGUCAAGUUACCAGAUAAUGUAUUAUUUUCUGAAGAACCUCAGAUGGUUUAUUGGUGGGAUGAAGGCAAGCAAUGGAGACUAGAUGGUUUCCAUGAUGUCAAGUAUGAACAAGAGGAGAGGUUACUAUCCUUCAAGACAAUCAAGUUUGGUCCUCUAGCCUGUAUACAAGAUAAACACAUCAAUAUGCCCUUCCAAUCAUGGGAACUGUUUCCUCUUGGUGUCAAUCAUGCACGCUUUACCAUCAUAGCAGCAAUACUAGAGGUCGAGAUAGAGAUCAAGGAUCACCUAUGUUGUUUCAGACAAGCUGGUGAGUCUGACCCUAAACCAGAGCUAGAAUGUAUCUCAAACAAAUGGAUGGAACCACCUCAAUUGAUAGAAACCAUGAAGAAAGCUGGAGUUAAUGUCUUCCCUGAAGAAGACUCCAAGAAAUAUGUUAGCGUUUGUGAUAAGGAUGAACAGACAGAAGGAGCCGCCUAUGAUCAGAUGGCAUUGACUGCAUCUCAUUUUGCUUACUCAUGGAGUAAAUGGAAUGCAGAGACAUCACCAGACAAGAUUAUUCUACUUGGAUGUGAGAAACUCGUCCCAGAACCAGUCAAAGAUAGCAAGGAAGAAUGGCAAGUCUUAUUAACGAGCAAGAAGCAGACAUCAAAACUAAAGAUGGGGGAGUACGAUGAGGAGUUCUCUGAAGCAUUCGCUGAAGGCUCUCAGUUCCAUGCUGACCUUUACCACAUGGUCAGUGACCUUUGCUCUGAAGAAGGUCAUGAACGAAUGAAAAACACAGAGUUUGGAUUCAUUGAUGCUGUUCAUAAGAUGCUAGAAGCUACGAGGGUCAUUGCUUUCUCAUAGAUUAUAUAUAAAAGCAUUUGUCAGAAAACAUGGAUAUAUAUCAGCUCAGAAGUAAAGAAGAGCAGUCAUUAAAACCAAAGUCAUUCACCAAAUUUCCCAGAAAUAUGUUUAUGAUGGAUUCAUGCUCAUGAGAAUUUAUGAUGGUCAGGUUUACAGGACAGUUUGUAGGAUUCCUCUGUAGUGGAAAAUGAAUUUGUAUUCAUAAAACGUUUCUGAAGCAUUGCCAAUUUUAUGGCUAGAAAUGUGUCAAUAUGAAGUGUUUAAUGAAAUAUAUUGUCAGUGAUAAAAACUUUUGAUCUGAGCCAAUGAAGUGAAAGGUUUUCAGUAUCCUAUGACAAAUGAUGAAAAUCAGUUGUUUCCUCAAAUGCUUCCCUUGGCUAUGUACAGAGCUGCCAAGUAUGGAUUUUCAGUAUUUAGUACUGAAAAAUGAGAAGAAUACUGAUGGUUUCAUGCAAAAUUCUGAUUUCUCAAGUUUCAGUUUUAUGUGUUGUCCUAUGGUAUUUCUUUGUAAAUACUGAUUUUCAGCUUUAAAAAUACUGAAAUGUUCUUGUUCAGGUUGGCAGCUCUGUAUGUAAGAUGAAAGUAGUGAUUGAUUGCAAAACAUGCAUUGACUAAUCAAGAGAAAUUUUGUAUCUGCACUUUUGCUCAAAAGACUGACCAGUAACCAGUCAGCAUUAUUCUUUUAAAAUUUGCAACCAAUGCAAACUUGUGAAAACGGGCAUUGAUCAUUCAUAGAGCAGGUUCUCUGUAGCCUUAUUUAAUCUUAACAGCAAAAUUUCAAUUAGAUAAUGUAUAAAUAGGGUAAUAAAGCCAUUUGUAUCAUUCCAACUGUAAAUGCCGUCCACUUAAUGUAAAUAAUGUAGAUAGAGAUAUAAAUUUUACUGCAAGUCUUUCAUUUAUAUAUUUAACAUUAUGCAAAUGUUUUCAAAUCACCUUGAAGGAAUAAAUUGUGAGGCAUGAAAAUUGAUCUCAAAAUUUUAAGUGAAUUUCCACCUGUUAUGAAACCCUUCACAUCUUCCCCACCCAACAUUAUCAAUCAAAGUUAUGGCAACUCCAAUGCCUGAUGAGAUGUUUUAAUUGAUUUCUAUUUGCUUGUGACUAGGCCUACUUGUGACCAUAUUGUGACUAAUUGGAUGACUUAAGAUCAUUUGUAAUCACCUGUAAUGAUAAUAAUUUGAUCAGUAGUUACAGCAAGCAAAGUAAAAUCAAGUGGAAAAACAACAUGAUAUAUGGGCCCUGUUGCAUAAAAGUUUCUACCAGUAUUAUUAUGGUAACAUUGCCAUCCAACGGUAACUACCAUGGUAAUGCUUAUCAACA